UCGGCAGCGGCGGCUGUGGCAGCAUUCUCCGUUCGCAUCGCAUCUCAUCGCAUCGCAUCUGUUCCUCAUUCCGCUUCUGUCCGCCGCGCGAAAAACAUGAAAUUGAAAAUCAAUCUGACGUUGCUCUGUGCGACACUCGUCGGCCUCCUGUCCAUCAUCCUAUUGACACAGGCAACGGGCAUCGAGGCCUUUGGCGGUGGAGGCAGCAGUUCUUCAGGGAAUGGGGCCACGUCAUGCAAAGAGCUGAACAAUGUCAACUGCUAUGUGGGCCGCAACGAGGGCAACUUUUGCAACAGCAAGGACCAGACCAAGGCAGUCACCCGUUGGUACUAUGACAAGGGUCUGUGCAAACCCUUCAACUACAAGGGUUGCAAUGGCAAUCGGAACCGAUUCUGCACACAGGAAAGCUGUGAAUCUCGCUGUGGCGACGAUUGAUUGGCAUUAACCCAUGGGAUAUAUGUAUAUAUACAACAUAUAUCCCUCCGUACUUAGCCGAUAAGUUUGUACGUGUAUGUUUAGGCUAAGAGCAAAUAGAGAUCAUUAUGCACACUCAACGAAA